CUCCCUUUCGAAACGAUACCUGCUUCGUCCCAUUUCACCACCAAAAGUAUUUUUAUGUGCCAGCCUUCCGGUCCUUUAUCAGCACCAUGAAUGACCAUAGCCUUGUUUCAUCGAAAAGAAGUGAGCGUGCCUUGGAAACUCGACAAACGAGCCAAUCAGGUCAAAAUUUACAGGCAUCCACCAACCUGCAAGCAACAUAUUCGAGCAAUCACAUCGGCGGUACAACGCUGCACGCCCUGCCGCUUCCUGCAAAUGACCAGCCUACGAAUUCCUUCCACGAUGCCGGCAUCAUCGAACGCCCAAGUCAUGGCAUCGGUGGCCGAGGGCUGAACACUGACACUCUCUUCAAUCAGUCAGCACUGGGAGACCCACCUCCUGAUCCGUCACCACCGAUUGCGGACGAUAUUGCGUCUGGUCGACUGCCUUCCUUCUGCAUUGCCGGUCCUGGCUAUCAAUGCUGGUGUGAACGUUGUGCCCCUCUUGCAACAACUGUUCCGAUAGCUCCCUCUCCCUCUCCCUACAUCUUCGAAACGAGCACGAGCAAUCCCUCAUAUUCCCCAUACCAGAGACCUGAUUUGCAGAGUUAUCCCUCUCGAACAAUAGGCUCCUCGGCUGAAUUAGAUUCAGAAAUUCCGGGCUUGACCUAUAGCAAUACUAUCAAUAACGGAUCAGAUUUGGCACGAUCCUCGUAUGGAAGUCUGCCAGCCUCUAGCAGUGGCUCAGGGUUCUCUUUCGAUCCAAGUUUGAGUCGGACUACACCAAACUUCUCUUCUGGCAAGCUUUCGAGUGGAUUUCCUUCAUACGAUCCGAGUUUAGACGAUAUGAGGGGCCCUAGGCCUCACGUUCCCCCCAGAGUCACCACGCCGUAUGAUGCCAGGCAGCCAAGUUACAAGGAGCGAGCCCAGCGUCGUGACCCAGCUUCACGUCCGAGCAUCAAUGCCUCGAAUAUUGAGCCAACCGCCUCCUUGGAUUGUGCUGUAUUCCUAGAAGCACAGGACAUCCUCCGGGCGAAACUCAGGCAUGGAAAACCUCUCUCGGAGACGCAAAAGGAAAGCCUCGCAAAUGUCUUGGACAUAUCUAGUGAACAGUUAGAAUUCUGUCUCACGACCAAACGAGUUAUAGAGCCGCUACUUAACAACAUAGGGUCCAAGGCGCACGGUUGUGGUCUUCCGUCAGAUUAUGUGGUUGGUUGGUUCGAGCAGCUGCAGUCUUCGAUUGCAGAAAAAGCCCCUUUGCGUGAUUCUGCUUAUCAGUCGCUCAAUACCUCUCUUCAAGUAUCUGAACGGCCCAAGAAACGACGGAGAAUCACCAGAAAUCCCAGCUCACAGCGGACUUAUCAAUGCACACAUAUCUCAAGCAAUAGAACAUUUUGCCUUCAGGAAAGCAAUAAUUUCACAGAUUGGAAACGGCACGAAGAGAGACACUGUCCUCAAAGACGCUGGGAGUGCUUGCUCGAAGGAUCCUACCCUGACAUCCAAUGCCAUAUCUGCGGCCACUACGUUGAUGCAGAUAUCCAGCAGGCUCAAGAGACUCAUGCGAGAUGCUUUGGCCGGGACCCUCGGAAAGGUCAUGAUUUCCCACGUAAAGACAAGCUGGUUCCACAUAUCCGGGAUGAUCACGGAUUUGAACCAAGGCUUGAGGCAUGGCACUAUCCCAUUCCAUCAAUGUGGAAAGAACAAUGCGGAUUUUGUGGUGAGAGAUUUUCGGACUGGGACACACGUUGUGACCAUGUGGGGAAGCACUUUACGGAAGGGAAGCGGAUGAUUCCAGAUUGGAGAGAUCCAUGGCCUGUGGAGGAAACAUCUGAUGCGCCGGACGAGGAUAAUGACAAUGACAAUGAUAAUGAUAAGGGCGGACCUGGUGAUCAUCGCCAUGAUGGCCCUGGUGACAAAGACGCAGAUGGUGAGGACGAUCCCGAUCAUAAUUAUGGUCCUGAGCCAAGAAGAGGAAAGAGUGGCAACAAAGGACAACACAGCCAACACAGCCAGAGCCAUGGGUUCGACCAUACAGACGAUCGCCAGAAUCACCAUUCAAGCCGUACUUAUAGCUCUGGCAAUGGUAACCGUCAAGACGAUUGCCGGGGUAGGCAAACUCGAAGGCUAGGUCAUGCACCUUCAGGCAUGCAUCAAAACUUGUCCCUCCGUCAGUCACCAAAAAUCCGAGGCCCUGAGGGCAAUGAUGAUAUCUUCAAAUCGGUAGGAAAACUUGGCUAUGGGACAUUUGGGUUCGUUGACGAGGUCGAGCACGCUACCACCAAAAUACACUUCGCUCGCAAAACCAUAAGAAUUACCCAUCAACAAGGCUUCGUACCCCAGCGCGAGCUAGCCGCUCUUCGUAACUUGAAGCAUGUGCAUAUCGUCAAUCUGACAGCUUCAUAUGUAUUUGAAGACCAGUUCUCAAUAAUCAUGUCUCCUGUAGCAGACUGUAAUUUGUCGGAUUAUAUGCUUCGCGAAGCGUCUUCAAGGCUAGAAUUGCUCUCCAAUUUGGCCAGGUGGAUUGGUUGUCUGGCGUCUGCUCUCUCGUAUCUUCACGAGAAGUCUUAUCAACACCUCGACAUCAAGCCAAGCAAUAUUUUGGUUGCCAACGGCCAGGUUGUUUUGAGUGACUUUGGUGGAGCUGUCUUCUGGAAUGGAUCCCUUGCAAGCAAUGUCUUGGACAAAGAUUGUGCAGUCACGCCCAUGUAUUGUGCACCGGAAAUAGCAGACCGGCGAGGAGCAUCGUUCAUCGCUGGAGCUAGCGAUGUCUACUCUCUAGGUUGCGUGUUCCUCGAGAUGGCAACAGUCCUUCACCGAGAAAGCUUGGUAGAUUUUGAACAGCUGCGAGCAUUCGGUAGCAAAGACGCAGCAUACCACCGAAAUCCACGAAAGUCUCUGUCCUGGAUCGACCAUUUGUGGGACAUAGAUGGCAGUCUUGGACUUCCACUUUCAGAAGAACUUUUUAUCAUUCAGAACAUGCUCAGCGAAGAUUGGAUCCAGAGGCCGACCGCGCGUGAUAUCGAGGACUCUCUUCACUUGUGGCAUCUGCAGUCCAAGUACGAGUCUGGAAAGAGUAAUUACCUCAUCGUUAGCCAAACGGACGACACUGGGAAAGCGGCAACGCUAUUCGACCCCCUUGCGAUCGUUAGGCAGUGGCUUCAUAAAUGCAGAACCUCUCAUACCAAUUGUCUAAACACCGAGGAGGCCUUCUCUCCAUUCCGAAUUUUGAAUGUAGGAAUUGAAGGCGACACUAUCCGAUUGGAAUCGAGCGACCCAUCUAGUCCUUACGUAGCCCUAUCCUACUGCUGGGGCAAAACCCAACCCCUCAAAACGACUUUGCAAACGUUGGACAGGAUGUCCGAGAGUAUUCCGGUUGCGUCACUCUCAAAUACGUUUUUCAAUGCUGUUAAAAUUACACGAGCGUUGGGCUUUCAUUACCUGUGGAUCGAUGCGCUAUGCAUUGUCCAGGACUCCAAGGAAGACUGGACUACGCAAGUUGGUCAGAUGAGCAAGAUAUAUUCUCGCAGCACUCUCACUAUCUGCAUUGCAAAUGACGCACAAACAUCGGUGCCCACAAAACACAAGAUGAUAGGCACAAAGCCGACUGCUGGCCGGCUACAAUCUCCGUGCUCCACGUGUGAUAACGGCUACAAGGCUUUUCGACCAUUAGUUGACAACACUGUGACGACGAUGCUGCUUGAUUCGAAAUGGUCCAAACGAGGCUGGACAUUACAAGAGCGAAUACUAUCUCCACGAAUCCUGUACUAUUCGUCUACCAGUUUGGCCUGGGAGUGUGAUGGAGAGCGCUCCACGCUAGAUAGAGUUGGUCAAAUCCGAGAUAAUCUGAAAAAGUUGGGUUUCGGCCAAAAUCCUCUGGCUAACAAGCAAGAAGCCAAUCCUUCGUUCUCUUUGAUGCGCAAUUUCAGGAAAACCUGGAGGGACAUCGUCCGAGAGUUCUCAAAGCGACAACUAUCAUACGCCGAAGAUAAACUCCCCGCUUUGUCUGGUAUUGCGUCUGCAAUGGCAGCUGUCAGUCGUCAGACUUACGUCGCAGGUCUUUGGAUGGGCAAUCUCAUCAAUGAUCUGCUAUGGUGCCGAGAUUUCGCGACAAUUCCUAUCCUGCGUCCGAAGUACAGAGCUCCAAGCUGGUCCUGGGCAGCAAUCGACAGUCCUGUCUUCUGGUCAAAGUCUUUGGACUGCCCAGUAGAGAAAUAUACUCGAGUCUUGGACUGCCAAACCGAGAUUCUGUCGCCCUUAGCCCCUUUUGCUGAGGUCUCUGAUGGCUAUCUUGAGAUUGAAGGGCUCUCACGAAAGGUCGUUGUCAAUUGCGCACGGCCUGAAGAAGUUCUGGACUGGAAAACCUUGGAGAGGCUAGCUUUUGCUCAAUGGGAUACUUUGGAUGUUCACAAAAUGACCAGUCCAGAUCCCAGACUCAAGGGCAUCUACGUUGAAGAGCUCUUGUGCCUGCAGGUCUUGAGCGAGGUUGGGCUUCUGCUACGGAAGGUCAUGAAAGAGAAUGCGGCUGUGUUUCAAAGAGUUGGGGUUUAUUGGAAUCAGACCGAUGAGUCCUCGAGGCUAACGUUCAAUGAGAGUUGGAAAGUCCGCUCACUCACUAUCAUCUAAUAGGGUGGUUUACGUUUUUCAUUUUCUAAAUUAAUAUAUACACAUUCAACUUCAAUGAUUUUGUAACGCAUUCAGAACGUAUGGUAUGUAAUCUUGUGGUUCAAAUUCCCGUAGCGGCGACAGAGAUCGAAGCGGAGUGGAAUCUUUAUGGUCGUCUUGAUACAUUUGCGCUUCUGAAAGCUUUUGUUUCGCCUGGCACCUCUUACAAUUGCGUACAUAAGCCAAUUGAUCUUGAGUCGAUUAUGGGUCUGAAU